AUGGUGGGAAUUAGACCAGAAUUUAGAUUUUCGAGCAAUCCGAGGCGAGUACAACAAUCGAAACGACAGGACACAGUAACUGGAUUUUUACUGGCUGGAGUAGGCAAUGUGGAUUUGCGAAGGAAGACAAAUUAUCUUAUUGUGGACUCGAAAACAACGGUGAAACAAAUUGAGGAUGCAUUCAAAGAGUUCACAACAAGAGAGGACAUUGCAAUAGUGAUGAUCAGUCAAUUUGUUGCAAACAUGAUAAGGUUUCUAGUGGAUAGCUACAAUAAGCCAGUUCCAGCAAUUUUGGAGAUUCCUUCCAAGGACCAUCCUUACGAUCCUACACAUGAUUCUGUUCUUUCACGAGUGAAGUACCUCUUCUCUGCUGAAUCAGUGGCAUCUGGGAGGCGUUAAAUUCUCACCUACAUAGUUGAUUUAUUUCCGCCCAUUGUUAUAUCAUGUUUCAGCACCAUUUCCCUUGAGUUGCGUAUCGUGUCCUGAAUCAUUUAUCUUUUUGCACUUGAGUUAUUUGUUUUCUUAAUUUUUUUUUCAUGAAACUUGUUUAAGAUGCGGCGUA